AUGAUGCAACUAUUUCUUAUUAUAAACAGUAUUAUUACAAUAGUAAGUGCUUAUAAAGGAGCAAUAUACAUUGAUAAUGGAAAUCACGAGACUGCAAUAGACCGUUUUAUGUCGCCCUUCGAAAGACUAGAAAUGGAACAGGAACUUCUAAACUUACUGGGCCUCCCAAGAAGACCGCACAAAUUAGCCAACAACCAUCUAAAGAGAGCAGCACCAAAGUUUUUAAUGGACGUAUACAAUAGUCUUCUAUCCGAAGAAAACAACAGAAGCAAAAGAAGCUGUGACGUGAGCUUUAACGACAAAGAACAACAGAACAUCGAGGAAAGCGACACAAUCAUGACUUUCGAAAGUUUAAAUUAUCACAACGGAACUAUAAGACACCUUAAAGGAAAACAACUGUGGUUCGAUCUCAGCGGGAUGCAGUCAGUUCAAGACAUAGUCGGUGCGGAGUUGCGGAUAUUUCAGCGCAGGAAACACCACAGGCAUUUUUACAAAUACAGGAUAACGGCCUACGCUAUUUUAGACUUUAACGACAAUAGCAUUCCAAACAUUGAACCUGUUGCUUCAGUAAAUACCACAAGUGAUUUUAAGGGAUGGCUGAGUUUUAACUUGACUGCUUGCAUGAAUAAUUGGGUGAUUUAUCCAAACUCAAACAAAGGGAUCUACUUGACGAUUCAGCAGAUCAACAAGCCGAAUCAUAAAGUGCAUCCCUCGGAUGUCGGGUUGGUUACAGUGAAAGACAAACACGAAAAUCAACCGUUUCUGGUCGUGUUUCUUAAAGCCAUUAAUCAAGUUAAACCUAAAAGAAGAAUGAAAAGAAGUGCGCCUCCCAAAACAGAAAAAUCCAAAUUCCCAAACUUUUUCAUGCAAAACAUGCAAAUUAACCAAACAAAAGAAUGCCAAAGACAUUCCCUAUAUAUUAGUUUUAAAGAUUUACAAUGGUCUGAUUGGAUUAUUGCACCUGAUGGUUACUCAGCGUAUUUUUGCAAGGGGGAAUGCAGUUUUCCUUUGCACGCUCAUAUGAAUGCUACUAACCACGCCAUAGUUCAAACUUUAAUGCAUAUAAAUUCUUCAGGGAGAUUUCCCAAACCUUGUUGUGCCCCAACGAAGCUACAAAAUAUAUCGGUGUUAUAUUUCAUAGAUGAUAAGAAUGUCGUUUUAAAGAAAUACAAGAAGAUGGUUGUAAAAAGUUGUGGUUGUCAUUAA